ACUCCUGCUCUCAACCGUCGUCAAUGCGGUUGCUGCGCACCGAUAGAGCUAGGCGAGCGCGCUGCUGACAAGCUCCGAUCUUGCGAGUGUUUGGCGUCGGCUCGUAGUGCAGGUUUCUCGAUGUAGCGCGUCGUGGGGCUGUAGUGCGCGAUAGGCUAUUUAUCAGGUCGGUACCAUCAUAUCGAUCACCAGGAGCGAUAGGCUAUUUAUUCAUUUCCGCUCAUCCGCCAUGCGCAGCCCCGCAGCGGGUGGGCUAUUCCCCCAGCCGUCCGCGCAUCUCGCGCAGACCGUCGCCAAUGCCACUUCCACCGCUUUACAUAGCGCAAUUGUCACCGCCAAUCCCGCAUUAUCUCCGCUCCCCACCACCCCUUCGUCCAUCUUUCCGCCAUUGAUCUCCACCGAUGCGGAAGGAUCCGCGCUCGCAGGACAAUUUCAUUCAGGCAACACGGGGGGGAUCGUCGGAGGGAUCGUGGGGGGAAUCGGGGGAAUCGGGGGAAUGGGGGGAGCGAUCGGGGCGGGGGGCGGGGACGACGACAUGGCGCGCGCGAUGGAGAGCCUGAUCCCGGCGCUGUGGCAGUCGUUCGCAGUGAUCCUCAUCGGAUACGCGUGCGUGAAGCUGGAAGUGGUCAAGCCGCAACACAAACAAGGCCUGUCGUUGUUCGUGACGAAGCUGGCGCUGCCGGCGCUGCUGUUCUCGGGCAUGGCGGCGCUGGACUUCUCCAAGGUCAACUGGGCCUUCCUCCUCGCCGUUACCAUCGGCAAGACAGCUGUCUUCCUCCUCGCCCUUGGCAUCACGAUGCUGCUGGACAUCGGCAAGCCCCAGGUGGUGGGCACAGGAGCUGUCAACGGCAUCUUCGUCUCACAGUCCAACGACUUCGCCCUCGGCCUCCCCAUAUUCCAGCCCAUCUUCGGCGCGCUGCACCCCGAGUACAUCGGGUACCUGUACCUGGUGGCGCCCAUCUCGCUCAUCUUCCUCAACCCCCUCGGCUUCCUGCUCAUGGAGUCAGACCGCAAGCCCGGGGGGGAGGACGACGAGGGCGGGGAGGAAGGGGAGGAGGAGUACGGUGUAGAGCCGGGCGUGGGAGGUAGAGCGGGAGGAGUGGGUGGUGCAGGGGAGGGGGAUCUGUGGGAGUGUUGCGACCUGGUGCCGGAAGGGGAGGAAGGUGCGGUGGAGGCGCUUGAGAAAGAGGAGAGGGAGGAGGAAGAGAAGAGGGGAAAGGAGAAGGCGCGAGAUAAGGGGAACGAGGAGGGGGGAGAGGGGAGCGUUGAAGAGGAGGAGAGAAGAAGGCUGCUUCCUAAUGGUUCUGGUCCGGGCUCCAGUUUGGUUGCUGGUUCACAGGAGGGUACACAGGAGGGUACACAGGAGGGUACACAGGAGAAUUCUUCAACAGAGCAUCCUUCCGUAAUCAGUCACGCUGCUUCUACAUCUCCCACUGCUUCUGCUGUGUCUGCCUCCCCAGUGCCUCCCAAGGACUCUGGGAGCUUCCGAGCUGAUUCUGUUACCCGCAGAGCUACCGAAGGAGGAGAGGGAGUGGGAACUCAAGGGACGAAUUUGAGGGUGGGCAGCAGUCUGGGCAAGAGAGAAGGUGCUGCUGCAGCAGCUGCUGCUGCUACUGCUGCUGCUGCUGGAGGCACUGCCAGUGGUGUGAUCCCUAGCAGCAGCAGCUUGGGCCGCAGAAGCCAUACGUCUCACCACACCCGCUCCCUCAGUGGCUCAGGCCCUCGCAGCAACAACGCCCUCCCUCCCCCACCUCCCCCCACACCCUUCACUGCUUGCUCCCCCCCCAAAACCCUACGCUCCUCUCUUCUCUCCCCCUCCCUCCUCUCCCUUCCUCCUCCCUCCCAGUCAUCAUCCUCGCCCUCCCAUCCACCAGCCUCCACCCUUUCCCUUUCCCCUUCCCGUGCCCCCAUGCAACCCACCAUGGCUCCAUCCCCCCUGUCCCGCGCCCUCCCUGCUCCCCUGGGCCCCCCCUCUGCUGCCGCUGCUGCUGGAGGGGUUGCAAGUGUUGCCAGUGGUGGCGGGGUGGGAAGGGGGGGAGAGAGAGAAGGGCCGGAAGAUGUGGGGGGUGGGCUGAUUGAUGGUGAGCUUGUUACUGGCAGUGGCGAUGGCGGUGCUGCUGGUGCUGGUGCUGGCGGGGAGGGAGGAGGUGCUUUGGAGCUGCCCCCGGGGUGGACGAGGAGGGCGUACACAGGGAAGCUGAGGGGCAGUGUGAAGGUGGUGGGGGGGAAGAGUGGGAAGAGGAGGGGCGGGCGCAGCCACAUGCGCAUGUGGAAGGUGCUGUACGGGGUGUUUGCCUCGCCUGUAGUCUUCAUGGUACCUCUGGGUCUCGCGGCCAACUGGAUGUUCAACCAUGACAUUCCCCCCUUAAUCUCAGGACCCUUUGAGUCGUUUGGAGCGGCCUUCUCCCCGCUCUCGCUCUUCAUCCUCGGCAUGUCCAUGGCGGACGAGACAGAGAAGGCGUCGGACGAACAGACGCGCCUGGGCCCGCUGCUGCUCUCGCUCGCACUCGUGGCCGGCAAGUGCCUUGUGCUGCCGCUGCUCAUCCUCCUGCUCCUCGCCUCCUUCCAAGCGGACGACACUUCUCUGUCCCUCGCGGGGCUCAUCUACGGCAGCUUGCCCGUCACUCCCGCCACCUUCUUCUUCGCCUGCGAAUACGGCCUGUGCCAGUCGUACAUCGGCAUGGCGACGGUGCUGGGCACGUUUCUGUUCGGACCGUUGGUGUACGUGCUCACACAGCUCGCCUUCCUCGUCAUGAACCACUACGACCAGCUCCUGCAGCAGGUGGAGUCGUCGUCUCGCGACAUGGCAGCGGUGGGGGGCGUCUGCGCCCUCUGGACCCUCCUCGCCCUCCUCCGCCUCCUCCUCUCCCACCGCCCCUCCCCUCCCGCCCCUCCUCCCCUUCCCCCUGCCGCUUCCACCGCUACUGCACCCGAGACUAGUGCUGGUGUCACUGCUGCUGGUGCGACUGGCGGUGCUGGUGCGGCAAUGGGAGAGAGUGGGGCCUUGGGGGCAGCAGCAGCAGCAGCUGGGGUAGCGGAGGGAGGGAGGGGAGGCAGGGAGCAGGACCCGUAUGAGCUGCAUCGUAUCGUGGGGCAGCUGCUGGUGUGCUGCAUUGCACUGUGCUGGACCUCAGCCAGCGUCUCCUCGCUCCUCUGCCCUGCCUCCCUCCCCGCCCUGCCCUCUCUCCUGCGCUACAUCGCGCACACCAUGGGCCACCUGGGCUCAGCCGUCUUCACCGCGCUCCUCGCUCUCUCCGAGCUCCUGUGCUCCGUGCUGGGCCCUCCCCUGGUGCACCGCCUGCGCUUCCUGCUCGUCUUCUCGGGCUGGACUGCUGCCGCCAUGCCUGUGCUGCUGCCGCUCAUGCUCGCGCCCACCUGGCCGGACAUUCCCACACUCUGCCCCACUGACCUGAUAAGCUGCUGGUACCCCUUUGGGUCGCUGCAGUUCCUCAUCGCACUCAUCAUCUACUCCAUCGCAGUGACCAUCAUCAUCAGCAGCCUCACUCUGCUCAUCUGGGAGCAGUUUGCCGGCCUGCGAGCCUCGGGCCUGCCCAUCCAAUGGCCCGACCUGCCCCUCUCCUGGCAGCCUCCCCCCAACAAGCACCUCGCUGCCCCUCCCCCUCCGCCCUUUCUCCCUCUUCACCCCACUCUUACUCCGCUCUCUGCGUUUCCAUCUUCUUCUUCUGCUGCUGCUAGUCCUGCUGCUCCUCCUGCUCCUGCUCCUGCUCCUGCUGCUGCUGCUGGUGCUUCCGGGCCUCUAGCGUCCCCUUCCAAGCCGCGUUCUCGGCUUGGUCCUGCAAUUUCCCUCGCCUCUUCACCGCCUGUUUCGAUUGCCACCGCUCUUCUCUCCCCCACUCGCCAAUCGGGAUCAUCCUUCUCUCGUACAGCUGGUGCAGCAGGUGCAGGUGGUGCAGCAGGUGCAGGUGGUGCUUUUCACUCUCCAGUUGCUGGUUCUCCCCUUCAAAGUUGGUACCAGCAGCAGCAGCAGCAGCAGCAACCAUCGAGCUACAACCCGCCUCCAUAUAUUUCUGAGUCUGCAUCACUAAACUCACCGAAACAAGCUGUUAGCCCACGCCUCAUGCAUCAACAGCAGCAGCAGCAGCAGCAGCAGCAGAUGGUAUCAGUGCCCUUCCAAGCUCCUCCUCCCUCCGACCACGAGGACCUCGCUCGUCUAUUCGCAGCAGCAGCAGGGUUCGGAACCCUUUCCAGCAAGAGCAUCACCACCGGCAGAGAGCCCUCCUCUUUCGGACCAUCAGCCGCAGCAGCAGCAUUGGGAGCAGCAGGACCAUCAAGCGUGCUAGCAGGUAUCGGUAGCAGCAGCAGCAGCAGCAGCAGGCCGGGCAGCAGAAUAGCCAGCCGACACAACUCCUUCUCCCUAGCUGCCGCCUCUUCCGCUGCUGCUGCCGCUGCUGCAGCAGGGAGCAACCUGGCAGGCCCGCACCAACCAGCACCUGGGGGUGCUGCUGGUGCGGGCUCUGCUGGUGCAGGCACGGCUGCAGGAACUCCUGGUGUCUACUUUCCCUCCGCAGCUUCUCUCUCUGGAGCCCCUCUGUCCCUGCCACUGAGCCGGCAAAGCUCACUGGGAAGGAGGGAGAGGGAGAGGGAGAGGGGGAGGGAGUGGGAUAGGGAGAGGGAAAGGGAGAGGGAGGCUGGGAGGAUUGAGACUCGGAGUAUGGACAGUGGGAUGAGUGUGGCCGGGCAUACGGAUGGGGAGAUGCUUCCUGCCCUGCUCCUGUCUCCGUCCAGGGUGGUGGCGACGCGGUGGCGGCAGAAGACGGACUUGGACUCGCAGAACGCGCUGCUGCUCUUCUGCUGCUACGCCGUCUUCUCCAUGCUCGUAUCCUGCACCAUCUCCAUCUUCGCCCUCCUCAACGACGGGCGUCUGGAGGGGCACCUGGCGCUGCUGCUGCUGCUGAUGCACGUGCUGCUGUCGUACAGCCAGGGCGCCGUGCUCUUCCUUGCCUUUGGCAUGCAUGCCGGCCUUGUGCUGCCGCUCGUCGCCGUCAGGGAGUGGUGGCGCCAACAGCGACUCUCUUUCCUGGGAGAGGUGCCACCUUUCUUCGUAGACGAAUGGCAGUACCUCGUGCCAGACGACGACUACCCCAUGGCGGGUGCGCCCCACUCCAACAGCAUGAUGCUAUCUCGUGGCUGGUCCAUGCACCAGUCCCAGCAGCUGCAGCUCUUCCCCCGGGACUGGGACAGCUACUCGCGCGGGUGGGAGGACGCGCUGAGUGUGCGGGACGAUGGCAUGAAUGUGCGGGACCACUACCCUCAGUACCGGAUUGACGAGGGGGAUGAGGAUACGGUGGUGAGCACGGAGUUGGAUGAGGACCAGCGGACUGACCGGGACGAUGCAGAGACUGUGGUUGAAGUUUCGGAGGAUUCGGUGUUUUGAUGCCGGGGAAGCGAAGCUCUCGCAAGGCGAAUGCUGAAGGGGUCGUGCACCAACUGACAGCCCUUCGGAUCGCCGCUUUGCAUGGUUUUAUUCGCGCCGUGUAGUUGUAUUCUGUGCGCGAGUAUAUGGUUGGUAAAAAAAGGGCGUAUUGGGAGGAGUAGUACCUCAUAUCUAGGCAAUACAACAACAUUAUAGAAUCGAUGGGGUCUAUACUUAUUGCGACAAAAAUCACUGAACAACAAGCAUGGUGUUCUGUCGGAAGAAUGACAUUUGAGGCUGCCU